AGUGACAAAUGACAGUUUUGUGCUUUCUUAACCUUAAAAUCGGUUAUAAAUAAACAUUUUAAUAAUAAUAACAUUUUAAUAUAUUAUUAAAAAAUUAUAAACAUUUCAUCACAUUACUGUAUUUUAAUCGAAAAAUAUCUCAGAAGCAAAAUGGUUUGUGAUAAAUGUCAGAAGAAAGUAGGGAAAGUUAUUACUCCGGAUACCUGGAAGAGUGGUGCCAGGAAUACCACUGAAAGUGGUGGACGCAAAAUUAAUGAAAACAAAGCAUUAACUGCCUCCAAAAAUAGAUUCAACCCGUAUACAACCACAUUUGAAAAGUGCAGAAUAUGUAAACAAGUGGUGCACCAAGUCGGGUCACACUACUGUCAAGCUUGUGCUUAUAAGAAAAGUAUUUGUGCGAUGUGUGGAAAGAAAUUAAUGAGUACAAAGAACUAUAGACAAUCUUCAGCGUGAAGAAUAAAUGAGUAUUUUAGUUGUAUUGGGUACUAUUUAAUUAUUUUUUUGGGUAUAUCGGUAGCAUAAUAGAAUAAAAUUGUUAAAAAAUGAACUGAAGUUGU